CUCUUACCUUCUUGUUCACUCAUUUUCUCUUUCUAUCAGUUUACAGAUGAAAUAAAACAGUGAGAAUGCUGCAGAAGAUCAUUGAUGUCAUACUUCUGUUUUUGUGUUUGAACAGUGUGUUUGGUGAUGAAGUGAAGUCAGUGUCAGUGAAGGAGGGACAUUCUGUUACUCUACACACUGAUCUCACUGAACUACAGAGUCAAGAUGACAUCGAGUGGAUGUUUGGUGUUCAGAGUCCAGAUGAGAUUAUAGCUACAUUCUACAGAAAAGACAAUAUAACAUCAUUAAACAAGGAGAGAUUCAGGAAUCAUGUAGAGAUAGAUGAUCAGACUGGAUCUCUCAUCAUCACAAACAUCACAACUCAACACACUGGACUUUAUAAACUAGAGAUCACCAGAAAACCUUCUUCUCACAUCAGACACUUCAAUCUGACUGUCUAUGCUGGUCUGUCUGUUCCUGUCAUCUCCAGAGUCUCUUCGCAAUGUUCUUCAUCAUCUUCAUCAUCAUGUUGUUGUGUGUUGUGUUCAGUGAUGAAUGUGUCACAUGAUGUGAGUGUCUCCUGGUACAAAGGAAAGAGUUUAUUGUCCAGCAUCAGUGUGUCUGAUCUCAACAUCAGACUCUCUCUACCUCUGGAGGUGGAAUAUCAGGAUACAAACACAUACAGAUGUGUGGUCAACAAUCCCAUCACAAACCUCACACAACAUCUACACAUCAAUCAACUCUGUCAGAAGUGUGAAGUGCCGACAGCUGUCCACUUCAUUCAUAAAGUUGUGAUCUCUUGUGCUGUUGUUGGAUGUGUGAUGAUUCUAACAGCUGUUCUGAUCUUCUGGAUCCGCAGAAAACACACAAACACACAACAACAGACAGUUCAGACUCGUGAAGAGGAGAUCGCUUACGCAGAACCAACAUUCUUUAAAAGACAAACACAUAAACCGAAGUGUGCACUGGAGGAUGAUGUGGUGUAUGCAGGAGUCAUGAGAAGAUGAACAAACUCUCUGUGAUUGCUCUAAUGGAUCGAGGAGAGGAAUUAUGAAUAUAAAUAUGCUUUAACUUGUUUUGUGCCAUUUGUAUAAAUUGUUUGCAAGCAUGUGUUAAUCAUUAUCAUAUCAUUUAAUUGUUAUUUAAAAUGAGGAUUUAAUGGAUUUAUUAAAAAAAAAAAAAUUUGGCUUUAGGCAUGAGUGUUAGACAUAUAACAAAAAUGUAAUAGCAACAAAGGGUACAAGAUGAUUGAACUAAAUUAAUUACAUUAAUUAUUAAUAAAUGUAAUGAGAAGAGCACUGAAGAGCUGUGGAAUAAA